GUUUCAUGUUUCUCCGUCAGUACGAAUCCGAACGCGAAUAAAGUUGGUUUCGGUUUUAAUUUUUUUACUUUUUUUUUCUUUUCGUUAGUUAUUUUGUUUUGGCUUUUCUAGUAAAAUUCAUUUAAUUUAUUAGUUUAGUUUGGAACAAUUGUGUCGUGACGAAUGUGUAGUUUGGCAGAUUUAGAUCGUAGGUAAGGGUAGACGACUACCCUCCAAAAACGAAAAGUCGACAUCAAUACUUCGAUAAAUACCAAUCUCUACCAAGCAGAAAAAGGAAACACCAAAUAAUUUUAGUGUACACUAUUAGUUAUUUUACAAAGAUAGAAGAGUUAUUUGAAACAUUCACCAUUUCGACUUAUAAUUUGAGUGACGAAAAACCAACCAUGAUGUCCAAUGGUUUAGAUUCUGGAGUCGUGGGGCAACAGAACGGUAGUAGCGGUAACAAUGUCGGCGGGGGUCAAGAAGAGUCGAAAACUAACCUCAUUGUCAACUAUUUACCUCAAACCAUGACCCAAGAAGAAAUCAGAUCUCUCUUUUCCAGUAUUGGUGAAGUUGAAAGUUGCAAGUUGAUCAGGGACAAAGUCACAGUUCCCGGGGUUCUGACUAGUCCAUUGCUUACAGGGCAAUCGCUGGGCUACGGAUUCGUUAAUUAUCACAGACCAGAAGAUGCGGAAAAAGCCAUAAAUACACUGAACGGACUAAGACUGCAGAAUAAAACCAUAAAGGUGUCGUAUGCUAGACCAAGUUCCGAAGCUAUAAAAGGAGCAAACUUGUAUGUGUCUGGAUUGCCGAAGAAUAUGACCCAACAAGACCUGGAAGCCCUUUUCAGUCCAUUUGGUAGGAUCAUAACAUCGCGUAUUUUGUGUGACAACAUUACUGUACGUCAAUUUGUCUCGGGGGCCGGAGAAAAUUUGCCUGGUCUAUCAAAAGGUGUAGGAUUUAUCAGAUUUGACCAGCGCUUGGAAGCAGAGAGAGCUAUCCAAGAAUUGAACGGGACCAUUCCCAAGGGGUCUACCGAACCUAUUACUGUAAAGUUCGCAAAUAAUCCAAGUAACAACAACAAAGCCAUUCCUCCUUUGGCAGCUUAUCUAACUCCACAAGCUACCAGACGAUUCGCUGGCCCAAUCCAUCAUCCUACGGGACGAUUCAGGUAUUCUCCGCUGGCCGGAGACCUGCUGGCCAACUCAAUGCUGCCUGGCAACGCAAUGAACGGGUCUGGCUGGUGCAUCUUCGUGUAUAAUCUUGCUCCGGAAACCGAAGAGAAUGUUCUCUGGCAACUAUUCGGCCCCUUUGGAGCUGUCCAAAGCGUUAAAGUGAUACGUGACCUGCAAACCAACAAAUGCAAGGGCUUUGGUUUUGUUACAAUGACCAAUUAUGAUGAAGCUGUCGUUGCCAUACAGUCCCUCAAUGGCUACACGUUGGGCAACCGUGUCUUGCAGGUCAGCUUUAAAACGAACAAAAGCAAAACUACCUAGAGCGAAGAGAAUUCUUAGACACCAGCGGGUUCGUUGCAUUUUGCGCCAAGACCGUUUGUAUUAUUUAUUAUUUAUUGUUCUCUGUGGUACUGUUGCUGCAAGUUAUUAGGUAAAUUAAGGCGGUCGGUUUGGAAUGCAGCGAGCUCGGGGUGUGCUGUGCCCGCCAAAAGCGCACCUCCCCUAAUUUAAUAUUCUAGUACUUAAAAAUACGAAGCUAGUCAGUCAGAAGUGCAACGGCGUUUCCUAAAGCAAACAUUACGGUCUGAUGUUUUUUGUAUCAGUCAUUACAUAAUUGUGCCAUCGCCUUUAUAUGUUGAGACAGCAUCCAAAGAUUCAUAGCUAAACUAUACAUAUAUAUUUACAUAUAGUAUAUAAUUAUUCCUAUUUCAAAUCAUGUCUUAAGUAGAUUAAUUUAUGUAUUUAUAUGUAGUGUUUUCAUGUAUUCUUCAUUGAACAGACUAGUCGAAUUGCAACGGACAUAAGAAAGAAUGGAGUCGUAGACUACGUUACGGUGUGUUCAUUUAGCAUUGUUGCAUAUUUGUGUUGAAGGAUGCUGGCGGUACGGUGAGGGUAUCAUUUUGCUUUGUGAUGGCGUAGUUGAUUACAUAGAUAAACGCUGUAUGACUGAUUGUAACCUAACAGAUUAUAUCCAUGGUGACCAACACCGAUCGCCAGGUCCGGUUAUUCUUAUUUGUGUGUUGUGUUUUGUUCACCAGAUUUUUUCUAAUAUUCUCAGCUUUUUCUCCAAUUUUAGUGGUUUUGCUCAAAAUGCCCUCAGGCCACAACUGUUUUAAUUUCUUAUUAUUUCACUUUUGUUUUCUUUUUUUUUCAGAUUUCACCAUUCUUAAACAGUUGAGAGAAUUAGUUUACACAAAAUCAUUAGUAUGAUCCGUUACGUUCACCACUACUUAUUUAUUUUGGUUUUUGUGAAAAGGAAUUAAAGUUUAUUUAUGAUUUUAAUUUAUUUUUCAUUUCUUUUUUUUUGUUAUUUUCCCUAUUGUUGUGUCUUGCAGUGUGUUUGCUGACAUUAACCCCAGCAAAUCAGAACUUACGCUAUGCACAAGUGGUGUCUGCCGGCAAGCCAGAGGGUGUGGUAGUACAUGAGCAUACGAGAUCAUUUCAACCACCCCACAGACUAACCAGCCACUUCCUAAAAUCAUUUUAUUUUUUAUAAACACUCGUACCUUGAGAUCUGAAAUAGACGAGUAUAUGGAUAGAUAUUUUUAGGGUACGUGUGGCAGACUGACUGUAUUUAUGAAAUUAACGGGACAUUGAAUUUUGUCUUGAAUUUGUCAUCAGCUGAAAAUAAAAAUUACUAGCGAAACGCACACGCCCGCCCGGCAGCGCAUGAAAUGAAUUGUACAUAGAAAUUUUAAAGGUGAUCCAAAUAGGCAAAUAAGUACAACUAAAUAAGUCAAGUCUCUAAUAGCUUUAACGGUGGCGGGGAUAUCUUGUGUGGAAUUGUGCUUGACUUGACGAUAGCCCGCCGUCACCCUCAACAAUAUUUAAGAGCCGAUUUAUCAUUACUAUGAUGCUUCAUUUUUCUAAUUAAAAUGGCAACAUGCCGAUGUGAACCUUUAUGAUACACUUUCACCUGUCUAUAUUAUGUCGCUAAGAGUUUGUGAUGAAUGAUGUUGAAUUCAGUUUGGAGUUUUCUUUGGUUUGGUUCGGUUGUUGGGCAUAUAUUGGUUAUUUAAUCAGUAAGGUGACUUGAUCGGAGAUAUAGUAAAAUCAAACCCAGACCAGGGUUACGGAUUUGGAUGAUAUUUAUGUUAUAUAUUUGAUAUUCGUGAAAUGUAUUUCCAAUCUGAAAAAUCAAACGUUGAGUAGAUACAAAAUUAAUUGAAAGGUUGUAACAUUUCACAAAACAAAAUGUAUAGACAUUCUUUGACUGGGAAAAGUUAUAUGAAAAAACUAUUUUUAGACCUGGGAUGAGCCAAUGAGAAUGGGUCGUUCAACAUUUCAGUUUAGCUUAUUAUUUUUUUGUGUAUUAACAGAUGAUAUAUUGUAAUUCUGAACUCUUACAAAGUAGUAUGCUUUUAUCUCUCUCAAAAAAGUGCUUCGAAGAGAACCAGACCUACUCCUAGUGUAUUAGCGAUAUUUUACUUCUGGUUAUGGAUUGUGGGAGUAGUAAACAAUUGAAUGAGAUUAUCUGGUAAUUGAUAAAUCGGCCCUUAUUAUGGGUAGGAAUAGAAUUCAGUUGAAGAAAUGGCUUCAGGGUUUUCGUUACAAGAAAUACAAAAACAACGUUUCUCGACAAUCCCUCGGUAGAUUGAAUAUUCUUAAAAAAUCUCGGAAGUAUACUUAUAGUUCAACAAAACGUUCAAAUACUGUCGCUAAUGGAAUAUUGAAUACUUUUAGGUUACUCUGUGACCAUGCCUGAGAGUACUAUAACCAGAAUGACUGUACAUAUUUUGUGGAUAUAAACAAGUCGUUUAACAUAUAACUUUCAUUAUCAUUGUAUAACCGUUAGAAAUAUAUCCUUCUUAAAGGAUUUUUGAUAUAUAUUAAACAUAUUUCUAAUAUAUUAGUUUUGAUGUUUCAAAUAGCUUCACUCACCAGUAUUUAGGUGUAAUAGAUUCGGAUAUACCAUAUUACAGUUUUAAUGCACAUAUACUGAGUGAUAUGUAUCAUAUUCGUGUCAGAUAGAUAUUUUUGAUGUUGCUGUUAUUUUAGAAAAUUUGAUCAGUGUGGCAAGGGACUUAAUUACUUGUAUUAUAGGUGUUCUUACUAAUUAAGAUUUAAUCUUAUCCAUUCAAACUAUUUAUCUGCCUGUUAAUAGAUUUCCAAUAAUAUUAGGUAAUCUAUUUUGAUGAUGUUAGAUGCGCCGGGAUGUUGACGAUUUGAUUGUUGAAUUUGAGUUGUGGGUUCUCCUGACAUAGAACACUUGGCAAACAGCACACUUCAAUCACUACCUCAAAUAUCGUUCUGAUUCAUUUUUCUAACUAAAAUACUUUAUUCGUUUUGUCAUCAAAAACUAAUCUCGAUCCUUUAUUUUCAAACUGGUGAUCCAAUUGGACAUUUUCAGUUUGAAUUUUCAGUUAAGUAAGGAUCAGAUUGUAUUCAAGGAAAUCACAUUCUCAACUCUUAAUAGUAAAAGUAUAUGCCUGUCACUAUGGUGCUUCAUAGACAAUUCAAAAAUAAAACUAAAGAAUGAAAAUGAUGAAUCUCUUAUUGGACGAUUGAAACCAGAGCCUUAUCUAGUGUUGAAUUUGUUUACGAUUGUUUGUCGAUUUUGAACAAAUUAUUAGAGAUGACAAACUGAUUAAUCUCUUGUUGGUUGAUUUUCACUUUUUGUUUUUCACCAUUGUUUGGGUGCUCUGUAUCAGGAAAUAAAGAACCCUAUUUUGAGAAAGUGAGUUAUGAGAGCGCUCUUGGAGAUUAAACAUUGAAAUCUUGUGUCCUAGUCUAUUAUGAAUAAACUAUUAGGCUUAAAAAUUUUUUAUUGUAGUCUUGAUGAAACAUAGAGAUGAGAAAAGAGUUAUACUUAGCUAGAAAAAAGUAAAUGACAUUCAAAUCAACACUGAAUAUUCUAAACCCACAGAUUAAAAACACUGUUUCCUUGUAGACAGUUAUUAUAAAAAUGGGAUAUGAGCCAGCAAAUUCAGCCAAAUUGUACAAAGACCAAAUAUGUUAUAAUGCGUUUCAAAAACAUUAGCGGUGUUUUGCAUGGUUAGCAAUCGAAGUUUUGUAUUUCCUGUUAUUGAUUGUUAAUGAAAUGUUAUUAAUUUUUGCAUCCCAUGACGUCCGUUAUCUACUAUUCCAAUAAUAUUUAAACUUCUGGUUUACUCUCAGUCUUCAAAAGUAUUCUAUGAAUGUGACAAAUGCUCAGCAGGUAUUCCGAAAUAUAGUGAGGUACAUUAGAUAAUUAUCGUUAAAAAAUUAUAAUUCUAACUGAACGUCUAGUGAAUAUUUUCACUGGACUUACUGAUACUUAAAAUCCGUGAAUAAUGAUAUUAACACAUUAUUUUGAGAAUUUUCAGAAAUUCACUAAACCUCAACACGUGCUUAUGUAAAAUGUUAUAAUAAAGUAUGUCUAAUGUGCUUACUUGAUAAUAGAGCGAAAUAAGAUAUAAUUCCGAUUGUUAACACAUCUGCAAAAGUGAAUUUUUUAAUAAAUUUUCAUCGUGGCAAUACUUGAAAAAUCCUUUGGUGAACAUUACUGUUUCAAUAUCUCGAAGUAAAACCCUGAAGCAUUUUUCUUUGAAAUUCUUUCUUACCAACCAACACUUAUAUUCAGAAGUUACCAAAAUCGAAUCAGUAGAUAUUUCCGCUUGUGAUUCCCUAAGAAAAAGCUGUGAUCUUAAAUUAAUUUGAAGGUAAAAUGUUCGAUGUAGGUUAGAUUUACUGAGGAAGUUGUAGCAAAGUGCCCGAGAGCAGCUAAUAUCCGUACAGCAAACAUAUUUCAUAGAUUUGUCCCCGCUUGUAAUAACAAGCGCGACAAGAGCCUGAAAUUCGUUGAAAACGAAGGCGCGAAAAAGUUUUUGGAAAUUUUCAUAACAGGAAACUAAUCAAGUGGUAUCGCAUAGGUUUUGUGACAUUUAUGUUAUGUUGGCUUCACUCCAGAAUUACCUUUAUGAGCAAAUAUUCUAUCGUCAAUCUAUCAAAAAAUGGUUUAUCGAAAACCAGUUCUUUUAAAUAAAAAAUGUGCAAUUUUGGAAUAAUAUUUGAUGACUUCGAUUUAUCCUGCAAUUUGAUUUUGAAACGAAGAUGUUUAAUAUACAUCAACUAUGUGAGGAAGUUAUGAGUUAUGUUUAUGAGCAAUGUGAGGUUGAAAAUACUAGGUAGACUCAAAAUUAUUUUUUUGAUUCAGAAAGAUUUACACAUCCUAUCAUAUCGAAAAUGAAUAAUAUUAAUUUAUCGGAAAUCUCCAGUGUAGCCAAUAUUAUUAGAAUAUCUGAAAACUACAAAAAAGCCUUGUGGUACCAUUUUUCUCAACUCAAAUUGAAUUCAGAUAGAAACAAUUAAUCUCUGAAAAAAAAACAUUGCAUUUCAAAAAUAUAUUUUCCCUUUGCACAGCUGCAGAUGAGGGAAAUCAACCAGUGGUGUACAAGAAUCUGCAAUCUAUUUCAGUGGCGUAUUCUGACUCAAUAAAUGUACUGACUACGUCAUGAGUUUCUUUAUGGUUGGAACAAAUUAGUUUCAGGAAGUUUCCUGAUCGAAAAUUUUCUAGGUCGUCCAUCUGGCGGGAAAAUACCCUAUAACGCGCAAUUGCGUUAGCCGUACGGGUCAAAUAUGUACAAUCUUACAAUUUUAAGUCAGUAAUGGUAUUCCGAGCACAAACUUUACUAGCGAUAUAGGUGAUGUUAUUGGUUACUCUGGCCUAAAUCGAAACUCGUGUAGACUAAAUCCAUAUACAGAACAACGAUAUAUUUCAAAUGAUAUUAUAUGUCUGUCAACAAUGCUUAUUUACCAUUCUUAGCUUCUAUUUGACUAGCGUUUGCCAUAUAUAUGUAUGUAUACAUAUAUGUACAUAUAUACACAUAUAUAUCAGCUUAACGUUCUCAUUAUUAUUGAUGGUUAAUUAAUUAUUAUCGAUUAUGUAUCGCAAUAUUGCGUACAUAUCGUAUAUGUAUCUACAUAAGGUUAUCUCUUUGUGUGUUGUGUAGAUCUCUAGCGUAAGUGUAAUAUAGUACAUUACAUAUUCCUAUUGGUUAUUUUCUCUAUAUGUGUAGCUGUUGUGUUGCCAGCGGGCGUCCUGGCGGCACAUACAGGCGUCAAGGCGCCCGCUUCGGCCGAGUCGGUAAAACUGACUCGUCCUGGCUCUACUUGACGAAGUGGGGCUUAUAGCUCAAACAUUGUUGUGACGAAAAGCAUUCCAUUAUUUAAAAAAAAACACGGAUGAUAUAUACAUAUAUUAUAUAUACUCAUGCCUAUAUUCUAUCUGUUUUGAUAAAAUUGUGGUUAUUAUUACAAAUAUCGGGUGCAAAAGUUAUAUGUACAGAGGUUAUAUAUUAGGAAGUACAGUACCUCAUAACUGUAAUUCAUGCAAUAACUUAAUAUAAGAAAGUUCUAAUUACAAUAUACUUUAGCUUUAGUAGUAAUAAGAUGCGAGGUUUGUAAGAUCUCUUUUACCAUAGGACGAGCGGUCGACUCGUCGGGGCGACUCGACUGAUCGCCCGCCCCCCUCGUACCACGACCCGAACAAAUCCGACCACCUUAAUCGACUAGUGGAACCAUAAAUCUAAUGCACGUGGCCAAACACUUUACAAGUGCACAACCGAUCUUCUAGUUUGCACGCAUAUAUCAGAUAUUUUUGUAUUUUCUAUUAAAUUCCAAAGCACCUAAAUCAUUUUCACUCUGAAACCUAAUUGUCUUUCGAGUCACUUCAAAAUUAGAUUAAUAAUUUUCAGGGACAAUCAAUUGAUGUUUACUUGAAUAUUUGAAGUUGUGUCCGAAAACUCAUUUCUGGAAAUAUCAAAACUUAUUUGGACAAUCAAGCAAACAAGUUACAAAUUCGAACAAAGAUAACGUAGUCAAAAUUUUAUGCGUAUAUUGUGUUAGAUUUACGUUUCCUGUUGAUGAAUGUAGGCGACCCAAUCGCCUUGGUGGUUAUGGGGGGGAGGUGGAUGACAUAUCAGCCGAAAACCACCACCGACUCAAUGACUCCAAUUACCCAGAGUCUCGACCGGUGAACCACGCAACCCCGCUGAUUAGUCUUUAGCCAACCCCGAUCCUGUGCUCUCUCACUAUUCGAAAAUUUUUCUCCGAUGUACCUCUAGAUAUGCUAAAAGAUUUUACACAUGUUCGCUCCUGUUCCCAAAAGCCCGCUUUAUAAUUUCCGUUGAUUGAAAGCAGAAUGGCGAGCUUAUGCUCGACUAUUUUUGAUACUGACUGAAUAUCUAAAGGUCAUAUCGGAUCAGAGGAGAGAAUUCACAAGAUGGGACUUGGCAGUGACUAGAUGGAACUGAACUGAUUCACUCAUUACCAAUAUAUAAUAAUUAUAAAUACGUAAUACGUUUGUAUGCUAAUAACAAGCGAUACGUAGCCGUACAACAUUGUUUCCUACGCUUAAAAGGAAUGCAUAGCAUUCCAAACAAGCGAAGGUUGCAGUGGAACUCUGUGUUUCCAACUCUUUGGUUCCAUUACGUUAGUAUGAUAUAUGCUUUAUGUUAGUUAUGUAUUCAAGGAGUUACUUGUCUUUUCUUGCUUAUUGUCCAGUGUCACAUGCUGUAUUUGUGUGUAUUCUUGUCAUUUGAUGGUUAUUUGUAUCUUAAUAUAUCUAUUUAUUGAUUGUAUCAGUACUGACAUUAGUAUUAGUUGAGACGUUUAGAGAUUUGUGUAGUGUACGGGACCGUGAACGCAGAGCAGACGGUAUUUCAUUCGCUAUGAUUGAGUCUUCAACAGAUGAAUGAUGUUUUGAGUUCGGUUCAGAUUCGCAUAAUGGGUUUCUUUAUGAGAAGGGCUGUGUAAAGCUGGGAACCAGGACGGAUACGGAUAGUACUUAGGAAAAACUAAGCUAUAAGUACACUGGACACUAGCAUAUACCAAAAAUGGAUGCAACCACAAUAAUUUACGUUGUGAGUUGUAUCAAAGUCAACUACAUAAUUCUACACACAAAGCAAUUGUGUAUUCCUGGCUAGAAGUCGGUGUAAUGCAAUAUUUGUACUUUUCCAUGUUGACAAAACUCAGUACAAUAAAGUAUAAAAGCUA